AUGAAUAUAUUCCGUUUACUUGGAGAUUUAUCUCACCUUCUAGCCAUAAUUAUAUUAUUACUUAAAAUCUGGAAAACGCGAUCAUGUGCAGGUAUAUCUGGAAAGUCGCAAAUACUAUUUGCGAUAGUAUAUACAACUCGUUAUUUGGACUUACUGACUACAUACAUUUCUGCAUAUAACACCGUCAUGAAAUUGGUGUUCAUCGUGGCAUCAUAUGCGACUGUUUAUUUGAUGUAUGUGAAAUUCAAAGCUACUUAUGAUCACAACCAUGACACCUUUAGGAUUGAGUUUUUAUUGGUGCCAGCUUUAAUAUUGGCGCUGUUGAUAAAUCACGAGUUUACAGUACUAGAGGUAUUAUGGACCUUUUCAAUUUACUUGGAGUCAGUUGCAAUUCUGCCGCAGCUAUUUCUUGUAUCUAAAACAGGAGAAGCUGAAAGCAUCACUUCCCACUACCUAUUUGCUCUCGGUUCCUAUAGGGCCCUUUAUCUUCUGAAUUGGGUGUAUCGCUAUUUCGUUGAGGAUCACUAUGAACUCAUAGCUAUAGUAGCUGGAGUUGUGCAGACUAUACUUUACUGUGAUUUCUUCUAUUUGUAUAUUACAAAAGUUCUCAAAGGGAAGAAGCUACAACUGCCUGCAUAA